AUGGAAGAAAAAAAGCUUUCUGAUAUUUUUGCAAAGAAGCAUAUGCAAUUGAAGGCUGCGUGGUUGAAAACCUGUAUAGAAUUUUUGAAAAGAACAGUGAAUUCUGAAAUUCAGAGUUCCGAUGCGAUUUGCGACCAAGUAAUGCUGCAAUUUCUAUAUUCAAAUCUGUCCGAUUCGUUGGUUCCUGUAAUGAAAAUUCCAGAUCAUGCUGCGAAAGUUAUACUAGUUAAAAAGAUGGUGUUUCAGGUUGUUACUUACGUGAAUAUCUCCGUUUCUCUGUUCGAACAACUGUCAGAGUGCACUCGACACAACGAUGAUUUAUCUUGGUUUCAUGGAGGAGCGGAAUUGCAUGACGACAGAAAUCUUGAGAAGGAUCACACAUGCGAUAAAAAUAACAACAUGCGAGUGAUUCCUAAGAAGCGUGGAAUGCUGAAACUAGAGAUAACAGAUGGCCAGAACAAAUUGGAAGCUGUGGAACUAGAAGACGUUUUCGACGAAUCCUUACUUGUGCCUGGAGUGAAAAUUCUGCUGACAGGCAGUGUGAAGUGUCGACGUGGCAUUCUUCUACUCGAAAAAUCGAAUUGUGAUCUGUUAGGUGGAAGGGUAGAUUCGUUGAAAAUUGAUAAGGUGACACAGCUAUCAGAAGCGCUGAACAUUGAUCUGGAUUCGGAGAAAAAGCGAAGAAAGGAUUCAUUGGAAAAAGUAGCAUCUGCAGUGUCAGAUAGUCGUAAGAAACAAGAUUCAUUCGACAACAGAAAGAAUAAUAACUCUUUGAAUCAGUCAACAAUGUCACCAUUUUUAGUGAAAACAAAUAGAAAGACUGGAGAGGUUACGAAUCCACCGCCUCGUGCUGCUGUUCUUAUCAAUCAUCCUCAAAGUCCGGAACCAGCAGAAAAUCGGAACUUUUCAAUUGAAGAGCAACCACGCUCUCCUACCCCAGAACCACCAGUUCGAGCAUAUAUUGAUCCUAUCGAUGUUGAGUAUCCACAACGGAAUCCUCCUCCGAUGAAAAGAUUAUCGGUGUUAAGCAUAAAGGAACCUAUCGGUUUUCCCGUUAAAAAGCCGGAUCCCCCAAAGAAAAAGGACACUAAAAAACUCGAAUCCAAUAGAACUAUCGAUGAGUGGGCGUUUGAUUAUUUCAACAAAACGCUGUCACCGAAAAUUUCGAAUCCCCGUCAGUUACUGAGAAUUGAGAAAAAGCAGGAAGCACCAAAGAAACAGCUUCCUGGACAACUUCUCAGAGCUUCGUCAAAUUCAAUGCAGGAGCAAUUGAACUUGUGCAGACCUACUCUAGGUAGUCCCAGCAUGCCAGAUGAUAAAAGAAAAGAGAUUUCAAAAUGGGUCUGGGAUGAACGGAAGGGAUCAGAAGAAGAAGAUGCGCCAGCUAUUCCAAAAAAAGAUGACUCGGUGGUGGAAAUUCCGAGGUGUUUUAUGAGAGAGGUAUGCAGAAGUGGCAAUGCAGAUAUCUUUUCAUCUUUCCAGGCUCAACGUCAUAUCGACGAUCCCAAAGUUGAUCGGAAACCUAUGUUUCUUCGUACACUUCAUGGACCACGGAAAGGUGUUGACGUCUUCAGAAAGAAAGAGAGCUAUUUAGACAAAGCGAACAUUACAGAACAUUUUCCAAUUAUUAAGGGUACGAUUUCGAAACCUAUUCCAACAAAAUGCCCAAAGCCAUUCGAGAUCGUUGACGAAACAGUCCCAGCUUUUGUUGAAGAAGAAGAGAGUGAUGAAGAAAUGAAUGAUAUCAUUUCGGUCAUUCCACAACCGCCAAUCGUUUUUCACCAAGUCGAAGAUGACGACGUGGAGAAAAGCGGUUAUUCUGAUGUGGAAGAUGAUGUUGAAGACUCGAUAAGUUCGUUAAAAAAACUAAAUUGGUUUUGCAAAAUUAGCGUUUUAAUUUCAGUGGAGUGCACAAUUGAAAAGGAAGGGCGGAUGGAAUUAGAGAAAUGGGGACUGAGAGGUCGAAAACGGAUGCAAGAGGAGGAGAUUAGGGAUGGUGACUAUCCAAUCAAUAAUCGACAGGAAAUGAGGAAUUACAGUAAUCUCAUGCCUCCGUCCCCAAAAGUUCCUUCGUUCCAUCCGUUGCUGACUCAAACUCAAGAACUUGUUGGUUUCCAACCCAGCAGUAGUUACCACUAUCUACCCAAUACUACCUCCCAAAACAGCUGGAACUUUGCAACCGAACCACUUCAGCAAAUCACACCACCGCCGAAUAUACGUCAUCCCAUGAUAAUGAAAGAUGAUCAAAGAGUGAAAAAGGAACCAGAAGAACGACUGAGCAUUGCAGUCAGUCAAAAGAACGAGGAGAUCAAAAAUAAGCAAUCUGCAAAUGUGCAGAUUUACAAAGCACCGUUUGCGAAACGACUGGCUAGCUCUGACUCCUCUACCAUAAACACAAAUCAAUUGUACCAACGGAUGUCUGAUUUACAAAUUGUUCCGCUUUCAGAUGCACUGGUAAACCGAAAGUUUUGGAUGAUGUCGAAAAUAAUUGUUGUAAUGCCCACGAUAUGUCAUCAAGUUCAUGAGUUGAGAUCGGAUGGUGUGGAUUGGUUGUUACAGAUAACCGUAUCCGAUACUUCAGCGGCUAGUAUAAAAUGCCGCGUGGCUACAGACCUGCUAAAUCGUUUGUUUGGGUUCAAUGUUCAGCAAUGCAAGAACCUGUUCAAUUCACAUCAAGUCGAAGAACUUCGUGCGAAAAAGGCGGAAGCCGAGAGAAAGUUGGUCGGAUUCAAACGAUUAGAUCUUCUCAUGUGGAUAGAAGUGUCACCUGAACAUGAGAAGCUUCCACUCAUCGUAGAUGUAAAAACGAUUUCCGAUGCUCUCAACAUCUUAUAG